CGAUGAUGAUAAUGACGAUUUCUACUCCCUUGUACUCGUAAAGAAAUACAACCCUGCUACUGGCUUCAGCUUCAGUUUCUAAGCAAGCCGAACUCAACUCUCCUCUGUCUCUCUCAGAACCUUCGCUCGAGCGAGCGAUCUCUGGUCUUCGAUCCAACUCGGGGAAAUCUUUUCGUGAUGCGAAUCUCCUCCCUGAAAUGCUCCAUCGCCGCCGCCUGAAAUCCCGGGAACCCGAGCUGGUUUGCUGCGGAGGCGGUGGAGAUCUGGGCUGGAUAGGGUUUAAGAUGAAGCUCCUGUGCACGCGGAGCUCGGCCUAGGGGUUUUCGGCUUCCGGCACCGAGUUCUCGGGGAACGGGCUCGUUUUCCUAUUUCGAGGAGAUCUGUGGGAUAGGGCUUGAGAUCGUGGCUUGGUUGGGAGGGCGAACUUGUUGUGGUGCUUCGGGAGCUCUUAGUGCUGGUUUGAAGUGCUUGGAGAGAUCCUGAGGGGAGAUCUGGGCGAUUCUCAGGUCCCCGUUGGGGUUUCUUCUCAAACGUGGGGGCUUUUGUGCGAGUUGUGGUGGUGCGAGCUGGUAUCUUGAGGUUUGGAGAGCUUAACUCGGUUGAAGGGAUUUUUAAUCGAAAGGUUACUUCUUUGGGGAGGGUUCAUACUGGGUUGCCUUAGCUGAGGUAGUUGUUGUACUUCUGGUUUAAGUUUCUACCCUUCGCUUGAGGUCUUUAAUCUCUGGUGUUGCGAGUCUUACUGCCGUUGUUCGAGACCUCGGGUGGAGGUUACCAUGGUAGGAGUUUCGGUUAGAAUUUCUUCUGACGUUUGAAAACCCAGGCUCUCAAUAAGCCUGAAGGUCGCUUUGUGAAAUCUGGGAUCUUGGUCUAGGUUUCAGCUGGAAAAUCUGUCGUCAGAAGGUGGAGAUAAUCUUUUUCAGGUCGAAAUAUUUAACUCUAAAGUUUGCAUGGUGAAUGUCAGGAACUGAUGAGCUUGGAGAUGAUAAUUUCUUCCAGUGGAAUUGGUGUCGGUGGAAGGUGUGCGUACCUGCAGGGGUUUGUUCACCAAGUGGAGUAUUCUUCUCCAAUUUUUGUGUUGGUCCUCUUCUUCUCAGUUGGAUGAACCGAAGCAAAGCAGUGGGUUUGGUGCUCCGGAGAGAAACAUAAACGAAGCCAUAAUAGUCAUUUCAACCAGGGAAUUGAAAAGUUAUAAUUUUUGUUGACGAAUCACCUUACUUCGGAUAUUUCACUUGUGUGCCGAAGAAAAGGAGCAACUUCUGUCUCCAGCUUUUUGUUCCUUUUGUAUUAAACCUUUUCAUAUCUGCAAAAGAUGAGGAUCUCAUCGUCAGGUCUUGCAAAUCAGCCUCAGGAAGAAGAACAAAGAUAUCUGAAUUCAGAGUUAUGGCAUGCAUGUGCUGGGCCACUUGUAUCAUUACCUGCUGUUGGAAGUCGUGUGGUAUACUUCCCACAGGGUCAUAGUGAGCAGGUAGCUGCAUCAACAAACAAGGAAAUUGAUUCCCAUAUUCCCAACUAUCCAAGCUUACCUCCUCAGUUGAUCUGUCAGCUGCAUAAUGUCACUAUGCAUGCUGAUGUAGAGACAGAUGAAGUUUAUGCCCAAAUGACAUUGCAACCUUUGAGCCCGCAAGAGCAAAAAGAACCCUAUCUCCCUACUGAAUUGGGUACACCCAGCAAACAGCCAACUAAUUAUUUCUGUAAAACAUUGACUGCAAGUGACACCAGUACACAUGGUGGUUUCUCUGUUCCCCGGCGAGCAGCUGAAAAAGUCUUUCCACCAUUGGAUUUUUCACAGCAGCCUCCUGCACAAGAGUUGAUGGCACGAGACCUUCAUGGAAAUGAGUGGAAAUUCCGUCAUAUCUUUCGUGGUCAGCCAAAGAGACAUCUUCUUACAACAGGAUGGAGUGUGUUUGUAAGUGCCAAGAGACUUGUUGCUGGCGAUUCAGUCCUUUUUAUCUGGAAUGAAAAUAAUCAGUUGCUUCUGGGCAUUCGUCAUGCUAAUCGACCACAAACGGUUAUGCCUUCAUCAGUUUUGUCAAGUGAUAGCAUGCACAUAGGUCUUCUUGCUGCAGCUGCUCAUGCUGCUGCUACAAAUAGCCGUUUUACCAUUUUUUAUAACCCAAGGGCAAGUCCUUCUGAAUUUGUUAUACCACUAGCUAAGUAUAUUAAAGCAGUGUAUCACACGCGUGUUUCUGUGGGCAUGCGUUUCCGAAUGCUUUUUGAGACAGAAGAGUCAAGUGUUCGCCGGUACAUGGGCACAAUUACUGGGAUAAGUGAUCUGGAUCCUGUCCGUUGGCCAAACUCGCAUUGGCGUUCUGUGAAGGUUGGCUGGGAUGAAUCAACUGCUGGAGAGAGGCAGCCAAGGGUGUCACUAUGGGAGAUCGAGCCUCUAACAACAUUCCCAAUGUAUCCAUCCCCUUUUCAUCUUAGGCUUAAGCGUCCAUGGCCUACAGGAUUGCCCUCUUUACAUGGUGGAAAAGAUGAUGAUGCUGGUCUGAAUUCUCCACUGAUGUGGCUUCGAGAUGGUGGAAAUCCAGGGAUCCAAUCUUUGAACUUCCAGGGAAUUGGUAUUACACCUUGGAUGCAACCAAGACUUGAUGCUUUGAUACACGGUCUGCAACCUGACAUGUACCAGUCAAUGGCUGCAGCCGCACUUCAGGAAAUGAGGACUUUGGAUCCUGCAAAACAGGUAUUACCAGCUGUUCUGCCAUUCCAGCAACCGCAAAACUUAACUAGCAGAUCCACCCCUCUAUUACCGAGUCAGAUUCUACAACAAGUGCAACCUCAAUCACAGCAAACCUUCCUUCACUCCAUUCAAGAAAACCAGGUUCCAAGCCAGACUCAGUCUCACUUCCUUCAACAUCAGUUGCAGCAGUGCAACUCGUUUGGUGAGCAGCAGCAGCAGCAUCAACAGAUGCAGCAACAACAAUUGCCACAGCAACAGCAUUUGCUAAUGCAACAGCAACAACAGCAUCAACAAAUGCAGCAGAAGCACUUGCCUGAUCAUCAACAAAUUCCUAACAUAGUAUCAGCCCUGUCUCACUUUACCUCUGCUUCUCAAUCCCAAACUCCUAUGUUGCAAACAAUUUCCUCAUUUUCCCAGCCACAGAAUUAUCCAGAUUCCAAUAGUAAUUCUGUUUCAACAAAUAGCACCUCUCCCCUGCAUAAUAUUAUGCGACCAUUUUCUCCAGAAGACAUAUCACGCCUUAGUUUGCCAAGAACCACCCCUCUAGGCACUUCUAGUCCCUGGUCAUGUAAACGAAUUGCAGUUGAGUCAGUUCUCCCAUCUGGAGCUCAAUGUGUUGUGCCCCAUGUGGAACAGUUAGGUGCUACACAGCCUAACCCCUCCCCACAAUCUGUGACAUUGCCACCUUUUCCAGUAAGAGAAUGUUCAGUGGAUCAAGAUGGUAGCACAGAUCCCCAAAACAAUUUGUUGUUUGGGGUUAACAUAGAUUCCUCAUCACUUCUAGUGCAGAAUGGCAUGCCAAGCCUUAGAACUGUGGCCAGUGAAAGUGAUUCAGCAGCUAUGCCAUAUGGUGCUUGCAAUUUUUUGAGUCCGUCAGGAACUGACUUCCCAUUGAAUCAAGCACUGACUAGUUCCAGUUGCUUAGACGCAUCAAGAUUUUUGCAAUCCCCCGAGAACGUGGAUCAAGUGAGCCACCCACAGAGUGGAACCUUUGUGAAGGUUUACAAGGCAGGGUCCUUUGGGAGGUCACUGGAUAUCACCAGAUUCAGCAGCUACCAUGAGCUGCGCAGUGAGCUGGGGCGUCUGUUUGGCCUAGAAGGUCAGCUAGAAGACCCUGUGAGAUCAGGCUGGCAGCUUGUAUUCGUUGACAGGGAGAAUGAUGUUCUUCUUGUUGGCGAUGAUCCCUGGCAGGAGUUUGUGAACACUGUAUAUUGCAUAAAGAUACUUUCACCCCAAGAAGUGCAGCAGAUGGGCAGACAAGGUGUUGAUCUUCUGAGCUCGGCCCCCAUCAAAAGGCUCCCUAGCAACAGUUGUGACGGCUAUGUGAGCCGGCAGGACUCAAGAAAUUUGAGCAGCGGUGUCACGUCUGUGGGGUCUUUGGAUUAUUGAAAGCAGAAGUAAGGCAUCAGCUCAUGAGGACCCUUUUCUUGUAUUUUGCUGCACUUGCUCGUUUUGGGAGCCUGACUGAAGCACCGAGUGAGUCAGCUAUGUAUGUCUGUAUCAUAUGAUAUCCGCUCAUAACCUUGAUAUGCAUGCAGAGCACUUAUUAUCUGAAGACUUGAUUCUGUGAAUGUAGGCUAUUUCAUUAAGUAGUCCCUGAUGUAGAGUGUCGGGAACAGCUUCUGAUUCUAGAUCUCCAGAAAUCUUAAUGAUGACAUUCUCUUGAACUCCA